GGAAAUGCUAGAUCUGGUGAUCUCACCCAGCCUCACUGUAAACAGCGAUUGUCCGGGUAAACUGAAGCUUAGCCGCACCGACGCCGAUGUCUGGACUCUGAGUGACAUAGAAGGCGUCACCGCAUCGGCCCCUCCGAGCGUGUCUCCGCUCUUCGCAAGAUCUUGUCCACGUGUCCUGCACAGCCAGACUCCCACGGCCAUGGCAGCCUACGGCCAGACACAGUACAGUGCAGGGGUCCAGCCAGCUGCCCCUUAUACCACUUACCCACCUCCGGCACAAGCCUAUGGAAUCCCUUCUUACAGUAUCAAGACAGAAGACAGCUUGAACCAUUCCCCCAGCCAGAGUGGAUUCCUCAGCUACGGCUCCAGCUUCAGCACCCCACCCACUGGACAGAGCCCGUACACCUACCAGAUGCACGGCCCCCCGCCCUCCGGCCUCUUCAGCAAGCCUCACCGGCUCUUCCCAGACCUUGCAUGUCUGCUACUCCAGCCCUACACGGUGGUUUCUAAGAACCGGCUACUGAAAGGGAUCAUGCAACCCCCAAAGCCAUAG